UCGGCGGUGUUCUGCUGGUAUGUUUUUUCAAUUACAAUAAAAGACUAAGGAUAACCAAACAUUAUCUACAUUAAUUAUUCCAAACGAAAGGAAUUGAUCCACUUUUGGAGGACAAGUUCAUUAAUUUGAUCCACCCUUGUAGCUAAAAAGAGCUUUACUCCAUUUUUAAAGGAUAGAACUUCAACAUUAUUGGAAUAUGGGUUCAACAAGUAAAAUGAGAGUUGAAUGAGGGUUUAUGAUACCUGCCAAACAUGGGAUUGUACCAACUUUGUACUAUUUUUACUUUGCCCUUUUUAAAAUUGCAUUUGCAUUAGUUUAGUCUUUGCAGUAAUUAGAUUAGAGUAAUUUGUCCUUUGCAAAUGCUAUUAUAACUAAUGAUUUUGAAACAUAUUUUGUGCCGUGUUUAUUUCAAUGAAUUGAAAAUCCUAUUACUACUUCAACUUGCACAGUACUAUCUAAAGGCAGCUUUUGGCUUCGACAAAAAUCAGUUCUCGGAAAUUUUGAUGAUGGUUGGUAUAGGUUCUAUUGCUUCUCAGAUGGUGCUGCUUCCACUAAUGAAUCCAUUGGUUGGAGAGAAAGUAAUAUUGUGCAUGGCCUUACUUUCUUCUAUAGCUUAUGCAUUACUCUAUGGUUUGGCUUGGGCAACUUGGGUGCCUUACUUAAGUGCCUCAUUUGGAGUUAUCUAUGUUCUUGUGAAACCUGCUACUUACGCAAUUAUUUCAAAAGCAUCGAGCUCAAGCAAUCGUGGUUUGUUCCCAAAUUGCAUGAAAAAUCAUGAACUGACACUCAUUAUAGAAGAGAUGCAAGGGAAAGCACAGGGAUUUGUUGCUGGUGUACAAUCCAUAGCGAGCUUGCUAUCGCCACUCGCUUGGCGAGUCCACUGA